AUGGCAGUGGCUUCAAUGAUGGAGAAAGCCGACCAAGAGAUCAUGGAGCUUCGGAUUCGAGCAGCAACGCUGAUCGAGGUGACCGGUUUGAAGGCCACCCCGAAAGUCGGCAGCGGGACUACCCCAAUCACCAGGGCGACUGGGAAGGGAGGGGCGAUCACCGGGACGAUCGGCAUGAACGUGGCGAACGUGACAGAGAUCGUCGUGACAGGGUUUCGAUCGGCGAGCUGGGCAUGGUCCCGCUGGCGACGACAGGACGCUGAGAAUGCGCUGAUCUCCCGAGCUCCGAGCUCCGACUUGGACUUGGCAGGAGAGACCCGGCGGAUCACAGAAGAGGCCAUGAAGGCAGGAAGCAAACUGCGCCUGGGCUCGGCGGCUCCUGAAGAGGCCGCAGCGACGCGGCGCGUGACCCGCGUCCUCCGAAAGGUGGCAAGGGAGGCGCUUUUCACGACGACUCAGACGCGAGAGAGAUUCCACUGGACCCAGUGGCUCGAAAUUUGUGAGAUUGUCGAUGGUGUUUUGGUGGAGGAGCCGCAGCCGAAGGCGUUCGAGAUCGGGUCGGAGGUUGCGGAAGCGCUGCUCCGUAAUAUUCCGGCCCAUGGCCCAGGCAAGGCCGCAGGCUUCGACAGCGUCACGAAGCCUCGCGAGGCUGGAAAGGUCCCCACCGAGGUGACUUCGACGAAGACUGCACUCGAGCUUUCCAAGAUCGCUCGCAUUGCUUCGCUUUCCCCAAGGCAGCUCCGCAGAGAGGUCUCGCUUUGGCGCCCGGCCGCAAGGCGAGAAGACGUUUUUCCCUUUGCAGACGUUCACGGCCUGAAGGGUGCUUCACAGUACAAUGGCUGCGAAGGCAUCGUCAUCGAAGGGCCAAACGACAAAGGACGCUGGGAAGUGCAGGCUCCGUUUGCUGAUGUGACGUGUUGGGCUUUAUUUCUGCUCUAUCUUCGUAUGGACACCUUCGAUUCUGUGCAGGUGGACUACCAGUGCGCAGCCAAGGGGCCAAUUCCAGCCACCGACGAGGAGAUAAACGCCUCGCUGAGUUGUUUUUCGGCGCUCUUCGAAGUGUCGCAUUGCAGGCCCUUCCCACUGCCGUCCUCCGACCCGGGCAGCCUGGGCCUUGCACCCAGCGGCCCCAGUGGCCACUUCGGUGCAGAAGCGCGCAAGCACUUCUGCCUCGAGGAUGGCUUUACGUUCCUGAACCAUGGUGCCUUCGGCGCCACACUGAAAAGUAGUCUGGAAAGCAAGCGGCGCUGGGCCGAGCACAUCGAGACGCAGCCCGUCCGCUUUUUGGAUCGAGAGCUUUUCCCUUCGAUGGUCAGCGUGACCCGCAGCUUGAGCCAGGUGCUCUCCGUACCUGCAGAAGACCUGCUGCCAGUUCCCAGUGCCACGCUGGGAACGAAUGCGGUCCUCAGAUCCUGGCAGCGCCAGAGAAAGCCCGAUGACUCCCAACGAGCGGUUAUCCUUUCGGUGGCUUAUGGCUCUACCAAGAAGCUUCUCAAGAGGAUGUCCGAGGAGUCUGGCUUCCAGGUUGUUGAAGCAACCGUCGAUUUUCCGUUGGCUGGAGACGCGGAGGAGCGGAUCCUCGCGUCUCUGGAGGGCAGCCUACAGCCCAACACAUCUCUCGUUAUUCUGGAUGCAAUACCCUCCAAUGCUCCCUUCGUACUGCCACUCCGAGAGGCCGUGGCGCUCUGCCGCGCUAAAGCUCCCGAGGCUUUCGUCAUGGUCGAUGCGGCGCAUGGACUCUUCAGCUUACCUCUGAAACUCACCGGUCCCUCCGCGGUGCCUGUGGACGCGCUGGUGACCAACUGUCACAAAUGGUUCUGUGGACCGAAGGGCACCGCAGUUCUGUAUGUCGCCCCCGAGCACCAGAAGUGGGUGGACCCCUUGGUCAUCUCACAUGGAUACGGGUCAGACUUUCCCAGCGGAUUCUAUUGGCCCGGGCUAUCAGACUUCACAUCGUGGCUAGCUCUGGAUGAAGUGUUGGCCUUCUGGGACUUAGUUGGGUUGGAGCCCGCAAGAAUCUAUGGAAAUUACCUGGUCAUGGAUGCCGCGACGAUGCUGGCUGAAUCUUGGGACACCUCUUUGGGCAUCCCGGAGGACUUGCUCGGACCGAUGGCUCUUGUGGCAUUGCCAACAUUCAAGGCGCUGCAAGAUCGCAGGCAGGAGUAUACGUACGAUGACGCCGAAGCGGUGCAGAAUGCCUUGUUCCAACGGAGGAUUGAAGUUCCCGUCAAGGUGCUAUCUGGGAAUUUAUAUGCUCGCAUAUCUGCUCACAUCUACAACCACAUCGAGGAGUACGAGACAUUGAGAGAUGCCGUCCUGGAGCUUCAGCACUUGGCAUGGGAGAGUGCGACAUGUGAAGAUGACGGAUCCUCCGGCCUGGGUCUCGACUUCCUGCAGUGCUGGCCUGUCGUCGAUGCCGACAAGAUUGCACAUGAACUCCUCGCUGACACUUCUGGUACAAUUCACAAGCGAGUCGUCUCUGAGUUUGGGACGACGGUGUUGGAUUCCGAGGGUGUCAUUGACCGGGAAAAGCUCGGCAAGGUGAUUUUUUCAGACCCCGCCAAGCGGAGGAAACUCGACAAGGCUACGCAUGGACCCAUCUUGACGACCAUUGUGAAACGGACCCUAUGGCUUAUGCUACAAGGUCACCGCACCAUCGUCUUGGACGUGCCGUUGCUGCUCAAGUUCCCGGUCCUGCGCCGCCUUUGCCUCUCUGCCGUCCUCGUGGUGCUGGUGUCCCCGGAGACGCAGCUGACACGCCUGAUGGCGCGGAAUGACCUGUCUGAGGAUGAGGCCCGACGAAAGAUCGAUUCGCAGCUCUCUGGGGAGGCCCAGUGCAAGCUGGCAGACUUCGUCAUUGAGAAUAACGGAAGUUUCGAAGAUCUACGCCGAAGUGUGGCCGACCUCCAGCAUCAGGCGCCUCAAGGAUGGUCCGCAGCGUUGGGCGUCUGUCUGGCACAGAUGGCCUUGAAAGAAUCGGCGGAGGCAGCUCUGCAAAAUUUGCGGCGAUUUGAGAUCAAGGGCACGCAGGUUUCGGUGGACUGGAGUACCAUGGCCAAGACGGAAAUGGGUCUCUGCAACAAGCGCCACCAGAAGCCGCCGGAUGAGCCGCCUCCAAGGAGUUUCAAAGAAAGCACAGCGCAGGAGUUUGGCUUCCAAAUGGGACAGGCGGUGCUGAUUUCGAACCUGAAAGGAGCACCUCAGUUCAACGGCUGCAGCGCUGCUGUGGUCGGCUUCCGCUCGGACCGAGUGGAAGUGGAAGUGGAGGCGGAGGGGACAAAGAAGAUCUUGGCGUUGAAGCCCGAAAAUCUCAGCGCAUCAACAGGCCAGGCUGAGCCACCCAAGGCUGAGGAGGCAUCUGCCGAGCAGGUACCUGCCGAGCAGGUACCUGCCGAGAAGGCUCCGGAGCCCCGACGCCGCCGUGGCAAGUGGGAGGAGAACAGCGGCGGUUUCGUCGUGAACCAGGCCAAGAAAGGCCCAGUGGGCCCAAAGUUGCCGCCCCUGGCUGACUUGGAAGCGAUGCCUGUGAAAGAGCUUAAGCAAGUGCUCGUGGCUCAUGACGUUAACAUCACGGGCUGCCUGGAGAGAGCCGAAUUCCUGGCCAAGGCCAAAGAAGUGGCAGAACAAAGAGCUUAG